GCAUGCGUGCUAAAAUUCCCACACUUUGAUACAGCACUUCAGUUUUUCGGAAACUGUCGCGGUGAACACUCGCGUCCCUUUCCUAAAAGUUUACGAAACUCCGAUAAAAAUAUUUGUGUGAACAAAAAAAAUAUUUUCAGUGUGUUGUGUGCUAACUAUGUUGUGUGUGACCACUUACAAUGUUUGUGUGUGCAGUGUUUUGUGUUAAAAUGUGUUUUUAAAGUGAGUCAUGGAUUUAAAAACUUUUAAACAUUUUAAAGUAGUGCUCUGAACUUGGGAUUGGUUUUCAAAAGUACUCAAAAUGGAGGAAAUGAGCCCAAUCCUGAACUCUUCACUUCUUCGUAUGAGGGAGACUUCAACUAUUGCAACGUUUGUUGCAGUCCGUAACACAAGUAUUGUUGCGAGCAAGGUUGCUAGCAACGCGUACGAGUGGCGGUUUAUUCUACCACCUUACAUUCUGAUCUUCAUGCUGUCUAUAUCAGGGAAUUGUCUUGUUAUAGCAACAUUAGCUAGCAACAGAAGGAUGAGAACCAUCACAAAUGUAUAUCUGUUGAAUUUGGCAAUAUCAGACUUCUUGCUGGGUGUAUUCUGCCUACCUUUCACACUAGUCGGCCAAAUAUACAGGCGGUUCUUAUUCGGAGCUCUCAUGUGCAAACUUAUCCCGUUUCUACAAGCUGUGUCUGUGUCAGUGGACGUGUGGACGUUAGUCGCGAUAUCUUUGGAGAGAUACUUCGCCAUCUGUCGACCUCUGAAGUCUAGAAAAUGGCAGACUCAGUGCCACGCCUACAAAAUGAUUGCUAUGGUCUGGAUCUUGUCCAUCGUUCUGAACUCACCAAUCCUGAUCGUCUCUGAUCUUCAGCCUAUGAGGGGCAAUGCCUUCAAAUGCAGAGAAGUGUGGACAAGUCUAGAAUUAGAACGGGCCUUCAAUCUUGGACUGGACGCUGGUCUCCUCCUGAUACCAAUCUUCAUCAUGUCGUUUGCUUACUCCUUGAUCGUCACCAAACUAUGGAGAGGAAUGCGCCAUGAGAUACAGCAUAACUUCAAGUGGCAAAGACAUUUAACCAGUUGCAAGAGCAAUCACCUGAUACCUUCAACACCAAUGAUAAAGAGCAACUCAGCAGAAAUUUGCUGUAAAAAGUGGUAUACGAAGAAGCUUCCGAAGGACGAUUCGGAGGCAAGGUUGGACGUGGACAACAAUAGCACUCAGUCCUAUUGUAUGCACACCGUUGAUUUGGAGUUCAGACACGUUGUCAGAUCAACACACAUUGACAAGAGUAUAGAAGCGAAAAGGAAAGUGAUACGGAUGCUGUUCGUCAUAAUUCUGGAGUUCUUCGUAUGCUGGACACCACUACACGUCAUUAAUACGAUCUACUUGUUCUACCCAGAUGAGCUGUACCAGUACAUAGGACCUAAAGGCGUGGUCUCCCUGCAACUCCUGGCCUAUUGCUCUUCAUGCUGCAAUCCCAUCACAUACUGCUUCAUGAAUAGGAAGUUUAAGCAGGCCUUCAUCAGCCUCAUCAAGUCCUUUCGGAUAUUUGGGGCCUGUUUCUCUGAGAAGUCGGAAUGUAAGCAGGCGACACCUCCUCCAGUCAGCUCGAGCCAGGAUGCUACUGCUUGCGUGAUCAGGGGCAGCCACACUGGACGCACAGAGCUGGAUGGACUGGAAGGUGAGGAUUGUGUUUAGCAGCGGCUCACACAGCACUGCUUUGGGAAGCGGCGUGCACCCCGCGCUACCCGCGCCGGUGGUCGCGCGACCCAUCACUCAGGUCAUCGAAACAGGAGAAGAAGGAAGCCAGUUCCUGUAUCGCAUCACUUGGGCGAGAACGGGACUGUCAAAGUCCAAUGGACCAACUCAGCCACUUUAUGAGUAAAGGACUGCGUCACAGUAUCAGUGAUAUGCGAACGUGCGCUUUAGGUCCAUUGGAUAUGGUACGUUUUAGACUGUGAAAGACAGUGUUUGAUGACCUUUUAAAACUGCAGUGCUGUGUUCUAAACACUAAAGUGAUUGUGAAUAUAUGACUGAAAUAUUAAAUAGUGGUUAAAUAAGCUUAUUAUGAACAACGAGAUAUUUUUAAAUUACAUCUAUCUUUUAAAGAAAUAAAUCACAUAUUUUUGCUCAGAUUUGAAGUACUCGUGUGUUUAAUGUAUAUUGAGAAAUGGUUAUCGAUGCCGUUUGUAUGUCAUCAGUAUUUAUUGUUAUUGCUUAUACGAUUCAUACAUAAAUCUUCGAUGUUCUAUCGUGAACCUAUUGAGAGCGUAAGGCUGAGUGCACACAGUGCAAUUGCAACGGUACUACUAUUAGCAUAGCGGGAACGCAAUAUAUUUCUUUUAUGGCGCAAUAAAACUUCUUUUCUUAAGAACUGAGAAGUUUUGGAUUUAGACUAUAUUCGUUUUCGAGUUCCUGAUGUAUUAGUUUCAAAAUAAUUAUUGUCCUUGAUCGUUUUUUCUUCUAAAUGUUUGCGAUUUCAAUGCGGUCCCGUUAAUAAGAGAGUAUCAAUUGUAAAUCACUUUGUAAUUUCUCAGUGUAACGCAAGCUUUAUUUAAAGUACGUUGUGAUUAAUAUUACAAAAUUACGCGAAUAUUUAAAUUAAAUUAUACUGUAAAAUAUUAUGUAAAUAUCAAUUUGUAAAUAAAUGAUCUAAGUUACAUUUUCUGGAAGAAAAAAGUUGUGUAAAUUUAAAAGUGUGUAAAUUGUAUUUUAAUUCUGUGUAAAUAUAAUAAUUAUAUAUAAUGAGCUUGCUUUUUACUGAAAGUGAAAUAAGCAGUGAUUUCCUUGUCACGUUAUGCAAAAGACGAAUUAUUGACACAUAACAUUAAGGUCGAUUUUGCAAAGUUUGUAACACUUAGUCCCUUACAGCUCUAGAUGUGUUCUUAUUGAAUGUGUUCACGUAGAUGAGAAAAGAAAUGUAUGUUAUGUGGUGUUUGUGUAAUAAUUAACUUUACACAACUGCUCAAAAAUAGUCAUUACAUUUUAAGGCAAUAUAAUUAUAUGUACGCUUGCCAUUUUAUUAAACUGAUAAAAAACUACUAGAUAAUUAUAAUAUAAUCAUCUACGCUGUUCCAAUUCACAAAAUUUUCAGAAUUUGACUAAUAUUAUAAUAAAUGUUUAUAUAUAUUUUGGGAUUAAAAAUAUAAAUAAAAAGUCGUUACAAAAUUUUUAUUGUUUAAUAAAUUAAUCUCAAUUAAAAAAUUGUAUUUUUGUAACGAAAAUUGUGUAAUCGUAAAAUCACCCUUAUUUCUCUAGGUUUCUGUUAAUACGAUGCUUUUUAUUAUAACUACUUGUUGCCGCGAAUCGUGGUUUAUUACAUUUUAUAGUGUCCUAAAAUAUGUAUCAUUGAAAAUGGAAUUUACUAUAAUAUACUUAACGCAUAUUUUGUAAAUAAAAUAAAACUGGCCUCGUUAAUAUCAAGUUUUUAACCCGCAAAGUGGUGCUUGAGAGGCGGGUCCAAAAAGAAAACGAUUAAAUGAAACAUUUCAUUUUAAAUGAAACAGGGGUUUUGUAGAUUAGAAUGAAAUGAAAAGAAAAUGGAAAUCUAUAUAAAAGGUGUGAUAAGUAUUAACUGAAUAUAGUUAUUAUAAUUUGUAUUAACUGAAAAAAAAAAGUAAAAUAUAGUGUAGUAUUAUUAGGAAUUUGUGAUAAAGUAUUCGCUCAUAAAACUGUUUUUGUAGCACCCGUAAAAAAGUAACUCGUGAAAUAUAUAUUAUUACUAACUUAUAAAUAAUAAUAUGUAAAAAAACAGUCCUAUUGCCCAAUUUCAAAAUUUCAGCCAUCCUAUGACAGCUUGCUUAUGUUAUUGGGCUAAGCAAAACUGUAUGUGAAAUUCCUGCUGACUGAUGCAUGUUAAAGAAAUGAAUAAAAUGUACAUCACAAGAAGGAUUGGAUUUAAAUGAAAAAAAUAUUGAUCAUACAUUUAUCAGAAAUAUUCUUCUCAAACUUUAAAUAAAUAAAUUAAUAUGUAUUAAAAUUAUAUUCACCAUUGUAAUGAUUACGAAUUCGAUGUUGAUCUUUCAUAAUGUGAAUUUUGUAAUAAAAAUAUUAUGAAUA